UUGUCCUGUGGCAAAAAAACAAAGGGAAAUUAGUGAAAGAAAAGCAAGAAAUUUUGAAAAAAUAUAGACAAUUAUAUAAAAGACAAAGGUCACAAUUAUAUAAAUCACUGAUGGGAGGAAUUAACAUGGGAACAAGUUACUUAGAUGCUGUUAAAAAUAAUAUAAAUAGAAAAAUUAAAAAUAAUAUAAUGGAAAAGAAUGAUACAACAAAUGAAAAUAUUAUGAAUAUGUUAUUAGAAAUUCA